AUGAGCUCGUACUUUGUAAACUCGUUCUCAGGGCGCUAUCCAAAUGGCUCCGACUAUCAGUUACUAAAUUAUGGGACUAACGGCGCUGUGAGCGGCUCCUUCAGAGACCCUGGCACCAUGCACUCCGGGUCUUUCGGCUACAACUACAAUGGCAUGGACCUAACCGUGAACCGCACCAACACCGGCAACCACUUCGGGGCCGUGAGAGAGGAUGCCCGGGGAUUCGGGCCGGACGCGCGGUACAGACAGACACCCAACUGCUCGCUCUCAUCUCCAGAUCCGGUGCAGCAGCAGCAGCAGCCGCCGCCGCCGUCGUGCGCCUCGGCCAACCGUGAGCCGCUGGAACUAAAAAGCCCAUCUCCUCCGUCUGACCGGAGCACGACCUCGACCGGCAACAGUCUCAACAAAAGCAACAGCGGCGCUCAUUUCACGGAGAUAGAGGACGCCGCCGCCAUCGCCUCCGAGACCGAGGAGAGCGCGCACAGCAGCGGCGGCUCCAACGCGGCACCUCGGGCGCAGCAGCAGCAGCAGCAGCAGCAGCAGCAGGAAGCCAACGCCACCUCUUCUACUCCCACAUCAAAUGAUUGCCAAACGCCACAAAUAUUCCCCUGGAUGCGGAAACUGCACAUAAGCCAUGAUAUGACUGGACCUGACGGGAAAAGGGCCCGAACCGCGUACACCCGCUACCAGACGCUAGAGCUGGAGAAAGAGUUUCACUUCAAUAGGUACCUAACCAGACGGCGGAGGAUAGAGAUAGCCCACGCCCUGUGUCUUUCCGAAAGACAGAUCAAAAUCUGGUUUCAGAACCGCAGGAUGAAGUGGAAGAAGGACAAUAAACUGAAAAGCAUGAGUCUCGUGACGGGUGGGAGCGCCUUCCACAACUGAAUAACUUUGGAGGAGAGUUAAAAAAAAUAAUAAUAAUAAUAAAAAAGAAAAAAAAUGAUUAAAAAAAGAAAGAAUUCCAUGAGUACUGUAAAGCUAUUGAAGAAAAAAAAAAAGCGCAGCACCUUCCAGCAUGCUAUUGUGAUAGAAAAAGAAGUAUCCUGUGGUCUUAAAAUGCCAUUUUUAGUUUACUGUUGUUGUAUUAUGAUAGCUUAGAUGUUCCUAUUUGGGGAGGAAAAAAAAGAAAACAAGAUGUAAAUAUUAUUGGGGGUAUUAAUUAAUGAAUUGUCCAUGCUCUUUGCUCUCUCUCUCUCUUCUCUCUCUCUCUGUCUAUAUAUAUAUCUUGAAGGUGUUUCAACUUGAGCUCUUUAUUGUAACUUCUUGACGGUCUAACAGGAGUAAAUUCAUUGUACAGAAAGAAAAAAACAAAAAAAAAAAGUUCCCAAACCAUAUGCUGCUCUUCAUUGAAUGUAAACCUAAUGUAUUUCGGGGCCAUUCAAAGCGCUUUAGUGUCAGUUUUACUGCUAUUUUUUGAUCUUGUGGCCAGAUCCAUAAACUUUCAUAAGAAAAAAAAACAAACAAGCCAAUGUGUAGCUCUAGGGGUAUUUUUGUGCAUCUAUUAUCAUUGUUUAGAACUAAUUAUGAACAAUGCAAAUGUAUUCAACCUGUCAAUGUGAUCAAUUUUUUUUUUUUUUUAGUGCAAAGGGUUAUUCUGUGGAUAGGCAGUGAUGUAAGCGGUUUUUUUAUUAUUGUUUUUUUUUCUUUGCGCCAAUAAGCUUUUUGUAUUUGUAAGUGAACUCAUAGCGCUUGGAA